AUGGGUACGGGGUGGCGGAGGGCGCUGUGCACGUCGGUCCGGCGCGACGACCGCGACGACAACGGCUCCGGCUCCGGCUCCUCCAAGCGCCGCCCGCCGGCGGCGCCGUCGACCCCGCGGACGCCGGGCAAGCUCGCCUUCUUCUCCGGCAUGGGCGGCGGCGGGAGCGGCAACCCGUCGACCACGCCGGCGCUGCGGUGCCGCACGAAGCCCACGCCGGAGCCCGCUGCCGUGGCGCCCGUGGCGCAGCCGGCGUCGGCGCCGGUGUCGGCCAAGAAGCGGAUGCCGCUGCUGCAGGCGCUCUCGGCGCCGGCCUCGCCCAGAUCCCCCUCCAGAUUCGCGCUCUUCAAGGCCUCCAUCCUCCCCACCAAGGCCCGGUGCGGCGUGUGCACGCGCGGCGUCAAGAACGGCGGCGGCGCGGCGGUGUUCACGGCGGAGUGCUCCCACUCGUUCCACUUCCCCUGCAUCGCCGCCCACGCGCGGGCCGCCGCCUCCGCCGCGCUCUGCUGCCCGGUCUGCUCCGCGCCGUGGCGGCAGGCGCCGUUCCUCGCCUCCCUCCGCCUGCACCUCGACGUCGACGGCUCCUCCCCCCACCGCAAGCGCCGGACCUCCGACGACUCCGCCGCCGGCCGCAAGACGCCAACGGCGCCCACCGCCGGCGUCCCCAAGGUGUACGACGACGACGAGCCUCUCCUGGCGCCCAAGUCCGCCGCCAACGGCAGCGGGUUCAACCCGAUCCCGGAGGCGGACGAGGGCGACGAGGACGACGCGGCGGGGAGGGAGGGCGAGUUCCGGGGCUCCUUCCCGCACCCGCCGCGCGCCAGGGCCGGGCUGGCCGUCACCGUGGCCCCCGAGGCCGCGCUGGUGUCGUCCGGCAAGCGGCACGGCAAGUACGUGGUGGUCGUCAGGGUGAAGGCGCCCGGGCUCCGGUCGUCGUCCUCCGCGUCGCGCCGCGCGCCCAUCGACCUGGUCACGGUGCUGGACGUGAGCCAGGGCAUGAUGGGCGAGAAGCUGCAGAUGCUCAAGCGCGGGAUGCGGCUCGUCGUGGCGUCGCUGGGACCCGCCGACCGCCUCUCCAUCGUCGCCUUCUCCGGCGCCGCCAAGCGGCUCAUGCCGCUGCGCCGGAUGUCCAGGCAGGGCCAGCGCUCCGCGCGGCAGAUCGUGGACCGCCUCGUGGUCUGCGCCGCCGCGCAGGGGCAGGAGCAGGCGCAGAAUGCCUGCGCCGGCGACGCGCUGCGCAAGGCCACCAAGGUCCUCGAGGACCGCCGCGACCGCAACCCCGUCGCCACCGUCAUGCUCUUGUCGGACACGCAGCAGCAGCAACAAAACGACUCGUCGUCGAGGAAACACGGCGAUCACCACCACUCCCUGCGCCGCCCGCAGGCAGCUCCGGCGGCCACACGAUUCACCCACGUCGAGAUCCCCAUCGCCGGACCGGCCGACGAGACACCCCCGGCAGCACGGGCGCGGUCGCCGCUUGCGCCCAAGGAGGACGCGUUCGCUUCUAGCCCUCCAGCGGAGCACGCCUUCGCGAAAUGCCUCGGCGGCCUGGUGAGCGUGGUCAUGCAGGAGGUGCACCUGGACCUCACCUUCCUGUCCGGGGAGAUCACGGCGGUGUACUCCUGCGGCGCCGGGCAGCAGGCGGUGGCGCUCGCCGGCGGCGCAGGCGGCAACGGCGGCUCCGUCCUGAGCGUCCGGCUCGGCGAGAUGUACGCGGAGGAGGAGCGGGAGCUGCUGGUGGAGCUGCGGGCGCCGCUGGGCGCGCACCCGCACUCGCUGUCCGUCCGGUGCAGCUACCGCGACCCGGCCACGCAGGAGACGCUCCGCGGCGCCGACCAGCCGCUGCUCCUGCCGCCGCUCCACGGCGGCGGCGAGAGCUCCUCCUCGCAGCCCCUCCACGACCUGUUCGUGGCCACCCGCGCCGUGGCUGAGUCCCGGCGGCUGGCGGAGCUGAGCGACUUCUCGACGGCCACCCACCUGCUGUCCUCGGCGCGGCGGCUGGUGCUGCAGUCCCCGCCCACGCAGCAGCAGCAGGACCUGCUGGGCAGCCUGGACACCGAGCUCAGCGACAUGCGGUGGCGCCGCAGCCAGCAGGCGCCGACGACGCCGACGUCCAGGUCGGCAACGCCCACCGGCACGCCGCGGGCGUCAGGCGGAAACGGGGAGCCUCUGACCCCGACGUCGGCGUGGCGCGCGGCGGAGCAGCUGGCCAAGGUGGCCAUCAUGCGCAAGUCCAUGAACCGGGUCAGCGAUCUGCACGGCUUCGAGAACGCCCGCUUCUGACUGACGACGCCGGGGAGCUAGCUGUCUGCGCCGACGAGCAAAGCUGUUUUUGUUUGUUUUUAAUUUUGUGAUGAAAUGACGACGACGACGACGACGGAGACGAAGAAGACCCUGCCGGAGUGCGGUGGACGACGGACGGCUAGAGGUGCCAUUGUUGUUAGUAGUAAAGUGAAAUACUCCUAGGAUCCAUGAUCAUAAUUCCUCCUCUUUUUUCUUUUUUCUUGUUAAUUACUAUAAAGACUUGAUUCAAUUUUUUGCUUUCAGUUUUCGGUUGAUCAAUCAAUGGUAAAUUGGUUCUCCA